AUGAUAUGUUUCAGCGCUGAUGGCGAAAAGGAUGUGAUGAUAGAAGACUACGUCUAUGAAAAGGCUGCGGAUAGCAUUUUGGAUAAAAAGGUCAAUGAAGAGUUUUUCAAUAAUUUGACAAAAGGCUUCGUUGAACAAUUCAAAUUUACCGAUAUUCCAUACCAUGCUGAUAAUUUUGGUGAGAAUCAUCAGCUUAUCAAUAAAAAUUUCUUCAGUCAUGCCAAAAAAUCGGAAAUUAUCGAGAAUAAAAAUCAUUCGACUAAUUUAAAGAUGGAAGGCAUUGAAAAGCAAGAAAUAAGUGAACAUAGAGAAGAGAAAAGUGGUGCGCCCAUUGUUAGUUCAGAAAAUAUAUUCAUUAAAAACCAAAGUCAAGCGAUAUCAUUACUGCAGUUGGCAGAUCGGGAAACCGAAUUUACCCAGCAAAAUACCUCAUUUACAAUUGAUUCAUCAAAUUUGUACUAUCUUCCUGUCAAGGUAAACGCCGCAAAAAUAAAUGCUGAACUGGUCAGUGCUUCUUCUAGAAGUGAGAACUCUGAAAUGAUGCAAAGCACAGUAAAAUUCAAUUUAACCGAUUUGUCUUUUUAUACCGAUAAAUCACAAACUGGCGUUCCAUUUCUAAAUCCAUGGGAGCAACAAAGGAAUGAUUCUGGUGAAAAUGUUAUCAUCAACACAUUGAAUGAGAUAGAUCUUGAUUUAAACGAAUAUAACGAUAUUUCUUAUAAUGAAUUUGGUUCUACAACUUAUCUUUCACAACAUAAUGAUAAAGAACCAACCAUCAACAUGGAUACGGCGAUAGAAGAUGGUUCAUUUGCCAAAAAACAAGUUGUCGAAGAUGUCGCAAGAAGUAAAAAAGCAUUUCGCAUACAAACUACACCAUUUCCAAUAGAACGAAAUCCAUCAUUUGACGGGAAAAAUCAAGAAUUUGGCAAUGCAACGCAUAAAAAAUUUUUUAUUCAUAUUGAUCACCAUGACAAUUUUUAUGGUCGAAAUGCACCUAAUUUACCAGUGUUGAAUCCGAAUUUAAGGAAUGAUAAUGGCAAGAAAACUGUGAUUAAAGCUGUAACAAAAAUCGACUAUGAUAAUCAUGUUGAACAAGCAGUCAGCAAUGAUAUAAAUUUCUUAACGGAGGCAAUGGAAACUGAUGGUGCUAAUUUUCAUUCUCAACGCCAAUAUCAUAGAAAACCCAGCGCACCGCGAAUUGGUUAUAAAACAACGUUUAAUCGUAAAAUGGUUGGAGGUAAUGAAAUAGAAGAACAGAAUUCAUUUGUUAGCGGUCAACCAUUGAAAAUUGAACUGCGAAAUCCUUUGUUAUACGGGCAUAAUUUAAUUAUGUCGCCUGGAGCAAUAAUUCACGAAAACCCAAACUUACUUCGCAGGAGUAAUAAUUUCAUUGGCAAUAAUUCCGAGAUCAAUUAUCAUAAGUCAGAUUUAUUCCGAAAUCGGCUUUCUGGAUCUCGCAUAUACAAUGUGGAUGAAAAUUUCUUGAGAUAUUACGAGGAUGACAACAAAAGUAAUCUUCAAGUGAUCUCAGGCAACAAAAGUCAAAGUGGAACUGAAUCCUCAAAAAUUCUACAUCUUCCAAAACUGGCCCAGCUUAGUGGCUCAAACAGCAGUGCUGUAUCAAAGGCUCGUUUCUUUAAUAAAAUUUUUUGCCAUAAUUUCAUGGAGCGAAAAAUAUUUAAUUGUUAUUACGUAAAACGGAAUACCCUACUGAUGAACGAAUAUCCUUUCAAAAGACGAAAUGUGUUAGAUCUUUGGCAGUGUGCUGAGUUAUGUCUGAGAGAAUAUGAAUGUAUAUCUGCAAGCUUCUCGACGAGGACAUCAUUUUGUGAUAUAUAUAAUGUGAUUAGUGGCAAUAGGAGAGGUUUCAUUCAUAUGGCGAAUUAUUAUUAUCUGGAACGUAAUCCAAAGAUAUGGAAAUCAUGUUUAAAUGCUUCUCAUUAUUCACGAUUACUUACUUAUUACUCUAAAUAUCCAAUAAUCCAUUCAAAAGGAGCGCCUUUAGGCAAUUUGAGUGAAUGUCAUGGAAAUCAUGACGAUUAUCAUAAAAAAUUGGACAAAUCAAUUAUUUUUUCAGGCUUACACGAUAUACGAAUCUCUGAUAAUUUAAGAUCAAAGGCCAAACAAAGUGCUUAUGGAAGCUCGAGCAUACAAAAGCUCCAUGCAAAUUCGGCUUCUGAUCUAUUUUUAAGACAUAAAAAAGCAAAGAAAUUCGAUUUAUCUGAACGAACAAGCUUCACUAAAAAACGAAGAUCAGAAUGUUUAGAAAACGAAAUGGCUAUUUUUAUGAAAUCUAAUGGUUGGUUAUUAACAAAACGAAUUGGCAACGAAUGGGAAUUUUUAUCAACUGAGGACGAAUGCAUCAAUGUUUGUAUGGAUGAAAUCAUUCCAAAUUAUAAGCAUUUUCGCUGUGCAUCUGUCCAGUACAAUACACAAUCUCUGAUCUGCACAAUAUCUGUAUCAAUUGGUGGGCUGUGCCACAGAAAAGUGAUUGAAAGACAACCACAGCGAGUACUUCUCGGACGUGCAAAUUCAGUAACAACUGUGGCUUCAUUAAAUGAAUGCAUACAGAGAUGUUUCAUGAUUUCAGAAGAAAACUUUUUGAACUGCAAAUCAUUAACAUAUUUUCACGAAGACGACACAAAGAAUUGCAUCUUGAAUCAAGGAACAAGAAAUGAUUUUCCCGAGCUGUUUGUUGAAGAAAUGGAAACAUUUACUGAGUAUAUUGGAAUUGACACGUGCUUUUCAAAAAAGCUUCAUAUUUGA